UUUUUUUUCUCUGUAUUUUGGCAUCAUAAUUGUUUAUUUUAUUGUUUCUAUCGCUAGUUUUGCUUCUCUAUAGAUUCUACAUUCUCUGUCAGUGGCUCAUAUCCUCUAAUCAACAACAAAAACGCACACAAGAAUAAAAAGGAAACAAGAAAAAAAGCUAUAAAAAUCGGAAAGAAGAAGAAGAAGAAGAAGAAGAAGAAGAAGAAGAAGAAGAAGAAGAAGAAGAAGAGGAGGAACAAGUAUUCACAUUUUCGUCGCUGCACUUGUUGGUAUAAACAGUUUGAUAGGCAAAAAAUGGUUUUGGGGCUAAACUCGAAGAACAGAAGAGGCUCUUCCUCCUCCUCCUCCUCCAUACAAGUUGAUUACAUGAUCCACAUUCAUGACAUCAAGCCUUGGCCACCGUCUCAGUCCCUUAGAUCACUGCGCUCCGUUGUAAUUCAAUGGGAGAAUGGUGAGCGCAACUCUGGGACAACAAAUGUGGUUGCUCCUUCUCUUGGAUCUGUCAUUGGCGAAGGCAAAAUCGAAUUCAACCACUCCUUUAAGCUUCCUGUAACCUUGUUGAAAGAUGCGUCUCGGAACAAGGUGGGGAGUGAUGUUGUUUUCUUCAAGAACGUCCUGGAGCUCAACUUAUACGAGCCUCGCCGAGAGAAAACACAUCAGCUCUUGGCUACUGCCACCCUUGAUUUGGCGGAAUACGGCAUUGUGAAAGACACCCUGAGCUUGACUGCUCCAAUGAACAGUAAAAGAAGCUACCGGAACACCACUCAGCCUGUUCUGCACCUCUCUAUUCAACCUUUCCGUGCCCCUUCUAGGAACAGCUCCAAGGACGGUGGUGAAUCUGUAUCUGCCUUAAUGAACGAGGAAUACGAUAAGGAAGCUGAGAUUGCUUCCAUCACAGACGAUGACAUUUCCUCCCACUCCUCCUUGACGGUUUCAUCUUCCACUUUGGAGUCUAAUGCUGCUUUCUCUCUGCCAGCUGAAGAGGAAGAACAUGAGAACAAGAGAUCAGAAUCAGCAUCUCAAGGAGAAACUGCUGACCAGAUUCCCUCCUCAGUUGAUCUAUCCUCUGUGUUUAAUCUCCUUUCUGAUUCUGCACCCAACACUUGCGGUCAGGGAGAGACCAACUCUAUUAUGCCUUUACAAACGGAUGAUCACAACAACUCCGUAAAUGCCUCGCCUCCUCGAGCUUCUGAAUCUAGUCAACAAGGUUUGGUGAGUGAUGAGGAAUCAGAGAGUAGAGUUGAGAAAUCAAGAAAGGUGAAGUCUGUUAGGUCAUCCCUGGAAAGAAAAGAAGCAAAGGUGUUUCCACGGGGGGAGACGACCACUUUGGAGAGAAAAGUCAAGGACUUGGAAAGUAGAGUAAAGAAGCUUGAAGGUGAGCUAAGUGAGGCUGCAGGCAUUGAAGCAGCGCUCUACUCAGUGGUUGCAGAGCAUGCAAGCUCAUCAGCUAAAGUCCAUGCGCCUGCUAGACGUCUUUUGAGGCUCUAUCUUCAUGCUUGUAGACAAAACCAUAGAAGGGCUAAUGCUGCUAAAAGUGCUGUCUCCGGGUUGGUUAUUGUCGCCAAAGCCUGCGGGAACGAUGUCCCUAGAUUGACAUAUUGGUUGUCAAACACGAUCAUUCUGAGGGCGAUCAUAAGUGAUAAAACAAGUGUAGAAGAAGAAGAGGAACUGCCUGUUUCUGUUUCUGCUGGUCCUGGUCCAAGGAGAAGUAAGACAGAGUCGGAGAAACAAGGAUCAUCCUUGACGUGGAAAGAUUCUUCCCUAAGCAAAAAGGAGGAGAAUGGUGGAUGGGAUGGCCCUAGAACAUUUAUAACAGCCCUUGAGAAAGUGGAAGCUUGGAUCUUUUCACGCGUUGUUGAAUCCAUAUGGUGGCAGACUUUGACACCGCGUAUGCAGUCUUCGGCAGCGAAUGGUUCAGGCUCAAAGAAAAACUAUGGUAGAAGUCGGAGUUGGGUGAACCAGGAACAAGGUGACUUCUCACUAGAGCUUUGGAAAAAGGCUUUCAGAGAUGCACACGAGCGUUUAUGCCCUCUGCGAGCUAGUGGCCAUGAAUGUGGUUGUUUGCCCGUCCCUGCCCGUCUGAUAAUGGAACAGUGCGUGGCUCGGCUGGAUGUCGCAAUGUUCAAUGCUAUACUUCGUGAUUCUGAUGAAAACUUCCCUACAGACCCUGUCUCUGAUCCCAUUGCUGACUCCAGGGUCUUGCCUAUUCCUUGUUCAAUUACAAGUUUCGGUUCUGGUGCCCUCCUGAAAAACUCGAUAGGAAACUGGUCCAGGUGGCUCACUGAUUUAUUCGGCAUCGAUGAUGAUGACCAAGAGAAUAGCUACGUUGGUACUGCACCUUUCAAGACUUUUAUUCUUCUCAAAGCCUUAAGCGAUCUAAUGAUGCUUCCAAAAGAUAUGCUCUUCGACACUUGUGUUAGAAAAGAGGUUUGCCCAAUGUUUGGUGCACCGUUGAUCAAGAGAGUCUUGAAUCAUUUUGUCCCCGAUGAGUUUUGCCCUGACCCAGUUCCUGUUGCUCUACUCGAAGCUCUUGAAUCACAGGAGGGAGAAGAGAAGGCUAUGAUCACAAGCUAUCCAUGUACGGCACCUCCUCCUGUCUACUCUCCACCUUCAGGGACUUCAAUAUCCACUAUCAUUGGAGACUUUGGACAGCCUCAAGCUCCUCCUCACCUAUGCCGAAUCAGGUCUUCGGUUACAAGAAAAGCCUACACAAGCGACGACGAGCUUGAUGAGCUGAGUUCACCGUUGGCUGUUGUCCUUCUUCAACAUGCGGAUUCUAACAAGGUCAAUAAUUUGGGUGCAGAUGAGACAGUCAGGUAUCAACUUCUCAGGGAGUGUUGGACCAACGGGGACUGACCAGACAUUGAUGUGUGUUUUCUGUUUCAAUUGUGACUUCUGAAGGUAUUAUUAUGUGUCUUUGCCAGUUCCUUGUUUGGUGUUGCUAUGUAUAGAGAAUGUAGCCCGAAAUUUAAUUAACAGAAGUCACAGACAUAGACGUA